CAACAUCAACAAACUCACGAAAGGGAGAAAUCCUUUAAAUGUAUGGAGUGUGGAAAGAGUUUCAGUCGAAGUGAAUCCCUCAGAACACAUCAGCGAACUCACACAGGGGAGAAACCAUUUAAAUGUAUGGAGUGUGGAAAGAGCUUCAGUCAAAGUGGUAACUAUAGAAAACAUCAACGAACUCACACAGGGGAAAAACCAUUUGAAUGCAUAGAGUGUGGAAAGAGCUUCAGUCGAGGUGAAACCCUUAGAAUACACCAGCGAACUCACACAGGGGAGAAACCAUUUAAAUGUAUGGAGUGUGGGAAGAGCUUUAGUUCGAAUGGAGAACUCAGAAUACAUCAGCGAACUCACACAGGGGAAAAACCCUUUAAAUGUAUGGAGUGUGGAAAGAGUUUCCGUGUCAGCGGGAAACUUCAACAACAUCAUCGAACUCACACAGGGGAGAAACCAUUUAAAUGUAUAGAGUGUGGGAAAACCUUCAAUCAAAGGGGAAACCUUAAACUGCACCAAAGAACUCACACGGGGGAGAAACCAUUCAGAUGUAUGGAGUGUGGAAAGCGAUUCAGUGAAAGUGGGAAACUUCGACUACACCACCGAACUCACACAGGGGAGAAACCCUUUAAAUGUAUGGAGUGUGGAAAGAGUUACAUUAAUAGUGGGGCACUUAGAAGCCACCAGCGAACUCACACAGGGGAAAAACCAUUUAAAUGUACAGAGUGUGGAAAGAGCUUCAGUCGAAGCGGAGAAUAUAGAGGACAUCAACAAACUCACACAGGUGAAAAAGCAUUUGAAUGUAUAGAGUGUGGAAUGAGCUUCAGUCGAAGUGACACCCUUAAACUACAUCAGCGAACUCAUACAGGGGAGAAACCCUUUAAAUGUGUGGAGUGUGGAAAGAGCUUCAGUGAUAGUGGGACACUUCGACUACAUAAUCGAACUCACACAGGGGAGAAACCAUUUAAAUGUAUGGAGUGUGCAAAGAGCUUCAGUCAAAAUGAAACCCUUAGAAGGCACCAGCGAACUCACACAGGGGAGAAACCCUUUAAAUGUAUGGAGUGUGGAAAGAGCUUCAGUCAAAAUGAAACCCUUAGAAGGCACCAGCAAACUCACACAGGGGAGAAACCCUUUAAAUGUGUGGAGUGUGGAAAGAGCUUCAGUUAUAGUGGGACACUUCGACUACAUAAUCGAAUUCACACAGGGGAGAAACCAUUUAAAUGUAUGGAGUGUGGAAAGAGCUUCAGUCAGAAUGGAAACCUUACAAAACAUCAACAAACUCACACAGGGGAGAAACAAUUUAAAUGUAUGGAGUGUGGAAAGAGCUUCAGUCAGAAUGGAAACCUUACAAAACAUCAACAAACUCAUACAGGGGAGAAACCCUUUAAAUGUUUAGCUUGUGGAAAGAGUUACACUGAAAGUGGGGCACUUAGAAGACACCUACGAACUCACACAGGGGAAAAACCAUUUGAAUGUAUGGAGUGUGGGAAGAGCUUCGGUCGAAGUGAAAGCUUUAGAAUACAUCAACGAACUCACACAGGGCAGAAACCCUUUAAGUGUAUGGAGUGUGGAAAGAGCUUCAGUCAAAGUGGGAAACUUCAACAACAUCAUCGAACUCACACAGGGGAGAAACCAUUUAAAUGUAUAGAGUGUGGGAAAACCUUCAAUCAAAGGGGAAACCUUAAACUGCACCAAAGAACUCACACGGGGGAGAAACCAUUCAGAUGUAUGGAGUGUGGAAAGCGAUUCAGUGAAAGUGGGAAACUUCGACUACACCACCGAACUCACACAGGGGAGAAACCCUUUAAAUGUAUGGAGUGUGGAAAGAGUUACAUUAAUAGUGGGGCACUUAGAAGCCACCAGCGAACUCACACAGGGGAAAAACCAUUUAAAUGUACAGAGUGUGGAAAGAGCUUCAGUCGAAGCGGAGAAUAUAGAGGACAUCAACAAACUCACUCAGGUGAAAAAGCAUUUGAAUGUAUAGAGUGUGGAAUGAGCUUCAGUCGAAGUGACACCCUUAAACUACAUCAGCGAACUCAUACAGGGGAGAAACCCUUUAAAUGUGUGGAGUGUGGAAAGAGCUUCAGUGAUAGUGGGACACUUCGACUACAUAAUCGAACUCACACAGGGGAGAAACCAUUUAAAUGUAUGGAGUGUGGAAAGAGCUUCAGUCAAAAUGAAACCCUUAGAAGGCACCAGCGAACUCACACAGGGGAGAAACCCUUUAAAUGUAUGGAGUGUGGAAAGAGCUUCAGUCAAAAUGAAACCCUUAGAAGGCACCAGCAAACUCACACAGGGGAGAAACCCUUUAAAUGUGUGGAGUGUGGAAAGAGCUUCAGUUAUAGUGGGACACUUCGACUACAUAAUCGAAUUCACACAGGGGAGAAACCAUUUAAAUGUAUGGAGUGUGGAAAGAGCUUCAGUCAGAAUGGAAACCUUACAAAACAUCAACAAACUCACACAGGGGAGAAACAAUUUAAAUGUAUGGAGUGUGGAAAGAGCUUCACUUGUGGAAAGAGUUACACUGAAAGUGGGGCACUUAGAAGACACCUACGAACUCACACAGGGGAAAAACCAUUUGAAUGUAUGGAGUGUGGGAAGAGCUUCGGUCGAAGUGAAAGCUUUAGAAUACAUCAACGAACUCACACAGGGCAGAAACCCUUUAAGUGUAUGGAGUGUGGAAAGAGCUUCAGUCAAAGUGGACACUAUAGACAACAUCAACAAACUCACAGAGGGGAGAAGCCAUUUAAAUGCAUGGAGUGUGGGAAGAGCUUCACUGAAAGUGGGACACUUCAACGACAUCAUCAAACUCACACAGAGGAAAAACCAUUUGAAUGUAUGGAGUGUGGGAAGAGCUUCGGUCGAAGUGAUAUCCUUAGAAUACAUCAACAAACUCACACAGGGCAGAAACCCUUUAAGUGUAUGGAGUGUGGAAAGAGCUUCAGUCAGAGCGUUCACCUUAGAAUUCAUCAACGAACUCACACAGGGGAGAAGCCAUUUAAAUGUAUUGAGUGUGGAAAGAGCUUCACUGAAGGUAGGAAACUUAGAAGACAUCAUCAAGAUCACACAGGGAAAAAACCAUUUGAAUGUAUGGAGUGUGGAAAGAGCUUCACUGAAAGUGGGGCACUUAGAAGACAUCAUCGAAUUCACACAGGGGAAAAACCAUUUGAAUGUAUGGUGUGUGGGAAGAGCUUCAGUCGAAGUGAAAUCCUUAGAAUACAUCAACGAACUCACACGAGGGAGAAACCAUUUCAAUGCAUAGAGUGUGGAAAGAGCUUCAGUCGAAGUGAAACACUUAGAACACAUCAGCGAACUCACACAGGGGAGAAACCAUUUAAAUGUAUGGAGUGUGGAAAGAGCUUCAGUCAAAGUGGUCACUAUAGAAAACAUCAACGAACUCACACAGGGGAGAAACCAUUUCAAUGCAUAGAGUGUGGAAAGAGCUUCAGUCGAAGUGAAACACUUAGAAUACACCAGCGAACUCACACAGGGGAAAAACCCUUUAAAUGUAUGGAGUGUGGGAAGAGCUUUAGUUCGAAUGGAGAACUCAGAAUACAUCAGCGAACUCACACAGGGGAAAAACCCUUUAAAUGUAUCGAGUGUGGAAAGAGCUUCAGUCAGAGUGUUCAUCUUAGAAUUCAUCAUCGAACUCACACAGGGGAGAAACCAUUUAAAUGUAUACAGUGUGGGAAAACCUUCAAUCGAAGGGGAACCUUUAAACUGCACCAAAGAACUCACACAGGGGAGAAACCAUUCAGAUGUAUGGAGUGUGGAAAGCGAUUCAGUGAAAGUGGGAAACUUAGACUACACCACCGAACUCACACAGGGGAGAAACCCUUUAAAUGUAUGGAGUGUGGAAAGAGUUACAUUAAUAGUGGGGCACUUAGAAGCCACCAGCGAACUCACACAGGGGAAAAACCGUUUAAAUGUACAGAGUGUGGAAAGAGCUUCAAGUGUGGAAUGAGCUUUAGUCGAAGUGACACCCUUAAACUACAUCAGCGAACUCAUACAGGGGAGAAACCCUUUAAAUGUGUGGAGUGUGGAAAGAGCUUCAGUGAUAGUGGGACACUUCGACUACAUAAUCGAACUCACACAGGGGAGAAACCAUUUAAAUGUAUGGAGUGUGGAAAGAGCUUCAGUCAGAAUGGAAACCUUACAAAACAUCAACAAACUCACAGAGGGGAGAAACCAUUUAAAUGUGUGGAAUGUGGAAAGAGCUUCAGUCGAAGUGAAACCCUUAGACUACAUCAGCGAACUCACACAGGGGAGAAACCAUUUAAAUGUAUGGAAUGUGGAAAGAGCUUCAGUCGAAGUGGAACCCUUAGACUACAUAAGCAAACUCACACAGGGGAGAAACCCUUUAAAUGUAUGGAGUGUGGAAAGAGCUUCAGUCUUAGUGGAACCCUUAGAAGCCACCAGCGAACUCACAAAGGGAAGAAACCAUUUAAAUGUAUAGCGUGUGGAAAGAGUUACACUGAAAGUGGGGCACUUAGAAGACAUCUACGAACUCACACAGGGGAAAAACCAUUUGAAUGUAUGGAGUGUGGGAAGAGCUUCGGUCGAAGUGAAAGCCUUAGAAUACAUCAACGAUCUCACACAGGGGAGAAACCCUUUAAGUGUAUGGAGUGUGGAAAGAGCUUCAGUCAAAAUGGACACUAUAGACAACAUCAACAAACUCACAGAGGUGAGAAGCCAUUUAAAUGUAUGGAGUGUGGGAAGAGCUUCACGGAAAGUGGGAAACUUCAACGACAUCAUCAAACUCACACAGGGGAAAAACCAUUUGAAUGUAUGGAAUGUGGGAAGAGCUUCGGUCGAAGUGAAAUCCUUAGAAUACAUCAACGAACUCACACAGGGCAGAAACCCUUUAAGUGUAUGGAGUGUGGAAAGAGCUUCAGUCAGAGCGUUCACCUUAGAAUUCAUCAACGAACUCACACAGGGGAGAAGCCAUUUAAAUGUAUUGAGUGUGGAAAGAGCUUCACUGAAGGUAGGAAACUUAGAAGACAUCAUCAAGAUCACACAGGGAAAAAACCAUUUGAAUGUAUGGAGUGUGGAAAGAGCUUCACUGAAAGUAGGGCACUUAGAAGACAUCAUCGAAUUCACACAGGGGAAAAACCAUUUGAAUGUAUGGUGUGUGGGAAGAGCUUCAGUCGAAGUGAAAUCCUUAGAAUACAUCAACGAACUCACACGAGUGAAACCAUUUAAAUGUAUCGAGUGUGGAAAGAGCUUCAGUAAGAAUGGAAACCUUAUAAUCCAUUUAUGAACUCACAUGGGUCAGAAUUCCUUCAAAUGUGAGGAAUGCUGUGGAUUUACCGCUAACUUCAUGGCGUGAAGCUUCAAUUCCUGUGGCAAACAGCGAUCAAUUCUCCCAAAUAAGAAAAGCCAUUUAAAGAACUGUGAGUAGAAAUAUUUGUAUUUCAAUUUGAAAGAAUUGACUAUAGCAAGGGAUUUUAAAAAUUCGGAGGUCAGUCCUUUGCCGCUGAAACAGCUUGGAAGCAGCAGAAUCUAGGCGGAAGCCAUGGACUUUGAUCUUUAUUGAAGUCUUCAUGAAGGCAUGUACAGGCUGGAUCCCCCCCCCUUAGGUAGGGAAAAGGGGGUGAAUGAACUGUAUAUAUUUUGAUCCUGCGUAAAAAGGACUGUGAAUUAAAAGCAGCUCUUCUCCGGAAAGCAGACCACCCAGUCAGCAAGGCUAGACUUCCUUGUUAUA